AUUUGAAUACUGACUAUCAGGUUACCAGAAGAUUUUUGGCAUAAAAUGAAUAAAAUAAGAGAAUGGUAAGAUCGAUCCUCGCGAGAAGUAACGCAUAAAACGCCUCCUCCAUGUGAGUAUUUCAGUGAAGCUCAUAGGUCUGCUUCUUACCGGCCGUUACUCGACCAGCAUUCACGCACCCACAAUUUUUCUCUGAGAAGGAGGCCUAAUUGUCGCCCUUGACGGCCGGAGUUGUCGCCGGUGAAGUUUCUUUGAUUACCCAGAAGACAGUUGAUGAAGGAAUGACUAAUGAGGGAAGCUGGUGGUUUAAGUCGGCGGCUUUCGUCUGCUUGUUUUGUCCAUGGAGUGAGAUGGAGGUGGGAGAUUUGAAGGAGAAAAUGGCCACACAGAUUGUUCCUGAAGAAAUGCGACGUCGAUGCUCGUAAAAUUCGGUUAUUUCUCCUGGACUUGUGGGUGCCGAAAACGAGAUUGCUGACUACAUAUAUAAGAGUUCUGAGUUCUGCGUUUUCUAUCGUAGAACACCAUCUGAUAAACAUGUUCGCCAUUCCGAAAAUGGCGCGAUUUGCAAUUCUUGUGGCGUUUUGGGCUUCUUUCUGCUGGAUUCAAGGCGAAGGAUCAGGGAAGGAAGUUAAGCUUCUUUUGAAUGUGAAGAGAAAGCUGAACGACCAGUCGAAUCAUUUGAGUAAUUGGAAUGCUUCUGAUCCGACGCCUUGCAGUUGGACAGGGAUAACCUGUACUGAAAGUUCUUAUCCUGUUGUUUCUGACCUCAAUCUGAGCUCCAUGAAUUUGUCAGGCUUCCUUUCGCCGAGCAUCGGUGGCUUGGUUGGUCUCACUUAUCUUGAUGUUUCUCAUAAUUAUCUCUCCGGAAGAAUUCCGGUAGAGCUUGGGAAUUUGAAGAACUUGGAGGUUCUGAAUUUGAACAACAACAAUUUUGGUGGGGAGAUACCACCAGAGCUGGGUAAUCUGCUUUCAUUGGUCACAUUGAACCUGUGCAAUAACAGGCUCUCUGGACCUCUUCCCAGUGAGCUAGGCCAGCUUUCAUCUCUCAAGGAGUUGAUCGUGUUGACUAACAACAUCACGGGGCCGUUGCCACCAUCUCUUGGUAAUCUGAAGAAGCUGACGACAUUUCGAGCAGGUCAGAAUUCAUUUUCUGGCAGCAUACCCGCCGAGAUAAGCGGUUGCAAGAACUUGACAAUAUUGGGUCUUGCGCAAAGCUCGUUGCAGGGUCAAAUCCCCAAAGAACUGGGCACUUUGAAGAAUUUGAAGGAACUGGUACUCUGGGGGAAUUCUUUGUCUGGAACUAUUCCGAAGGAGAUUGGUGAUUGUGAAAGUUUAGAGGUUCUUGCUUUGUAUCAUAACAACCUCAAUGGCGAAAUCCCAUCCGAGUUAGGAAAGCUUGCAUCUUUGAAAAGGUUAUACCUGUACAGGAAUGGAUUGAAUGGGAGCAUACCGCAGGAGAUUGGCAAGCUCAGCCAGGCAGUUGAGAUUGAUUUCUCAGAGAAUAAGUUAACUGGAGAAAUACCCAAAGAAUUUAGCAAUAUCAAGGGCCUGAGUCUCCUUCAGCUUUUCCAAAACCAUCUGACAGGCGCCAUUCCCACUGAACUGGGGAGCUUGAAGAAUUUGAGCAAGCUUGAUCUCUCCAUAAACAGUCUCACUGGUCCCAUUCCUGCGGAACUGCAGUACUUGUCCAACCUGCUCACUUUGCAGCUCUUUCAGAACGAGCUCAAUGGUAGCAUUCCUCAGGGGCUUGGGCUUUGGAGUCCAUUAUGGGUGCUUGAUCUGUCGGAGAACAACCUCAGUGGCCCCAUUCCUCGCUAUCUAUGUAAUAACUCGAAUUUGAUUCUGCUCAAUCUGUGGUCGAACAGACUUACAGGCAGCAUUCCUAACGAGGUGAAGAACUGCAAACCUUUGUUGCAGUUCCGCGUUGGGAAUAACCAGCUUACUGGAAGCUUUCCCGCACAUCUUUGUGAGCUGGAAAAUUUGACCACCAUCGAACUGUACCAGAACAAGUUCAGUGGCCCCAUUCCGCCUGAGAUUGGUAAUUGCAAAGCUCUGCAACGGUUGCAUCUUUCAGAAAAUUAUUUUACAUCAACUUUGCCUCCACAGAUUGGAAAUGUAACUCGACUGGCAAGCUUCAAUAUUUCCUCAAAUAAGCUCACUGGGCCCAUUCCUCCAGAGUUGAUUAAUUGCAAGAUGCUUCAGCGGCUUGAUCUCAGCAACAACUUGUUCACAGGUAACCUUCCAGCUGAAAUUGGCACUCUUCUCCAGCUUGAGUUGCUCAGGCUCUCAGAAAACAGGAUUUCAGGGGUAAUACCUACUGCCUUGGGGAAUCUUUCACGUUUGAUCGAGCUGCAGAUGGGUGGUAAUCAAUUUUCCGGAAGCAUUCCAUCGGAAUUGGGUGGAUUAUCAAGCUUGCAGAUUGCCAUGAACCUUAGUUGGAAUAGGCUUUCCGGGCACAUACCUCCUGAGCUAGGCAACCUUAUGCUGCUAGAAUAUCUUUUUCUCAACAACAAUGACCUCUCAGGAGAGAUUCCAUAUACAUUUGCCAAUCUUUCUAGCAUACUGGGAUUUAAUGUAUCAUUCAAUAAUCUAACUGGACCUAUUCCUGCAAUGCCGUUGUUCCAGAACAUGGACAUUGACAGUUUUAUUGGAAAUACUGGGCUUUGUGGUGGUCCUCUUGGGGGCUGUAACUCUUCAUCAGAUGCUGCCAUUCCACCGCCCUGGGACGGGAUUAGAUCCCAGUUGGGAAAAAUUGUCGCAAUAAUUGCUGUAGUUGUGGGGGCUAUCUCCCUGGUGCUCAUUGCAAUUGUCAUCUAUUUCAUCAGGCAAACAGUUGAUCCGACCAAAUCUUUUCGGGAUAAGGAGUAUUAUUCAGAUUCAGAUGUUUAUCUUCCCCCAAAGGACGGUUUCACCUUCCAUGAUUUGGUUGGCGCCACCAAUGGCUUUGACAGCAGUUUCAUAAUAGGAAGGGGUGCUAGUGGAAUAGUAUACAAAGCUGUCAUGCCCUCUGGACCAGUAAUUGCUGUCAAAAGACUUGCAUCUUACAGAGAAGGGAACAACAUCGACCGCAGCUUCAGCGCUGAAAUUUCGACUUUGGGAAAGAUUAGGCAUAAAAACAUAGUGAAGCUCUAUGGUUUCUCCUACUACAAGGAGUCCAACCUUCUUCUCUAUGAGUACAUGUCUAGGGGAAGUUUAGGUGAAUUGCUUCAUGGGACUUCCUUGGUUUUGGACUGGCCGACUCGGUACAAGAUUGCUCUCGGUGCUGCAGAAGGACUCUCAUAUUUGCAUCAUGAUUGCAAGCCACGAAUUAUUCAUAGAGACAUCAAAUCUAACAACAUCCUUCUUGAUGAGAAUUUUGAAGCACAUGUAGGAGAUUUUGGAUUAGCAAAAGUGAUUGACAUGCCAUAUUCAAAGUCAGUCAGCGCAGUUGCAGGAUCUUAUGGGUACAUCGCUCCAGAAUAUGCAUACACCAUGAAGGUUACAGAAAAGUGCGACAUCUACAGCUAUGGAGUUGUCCUGUUGGAACUGCUGACUGGGAGAACUUCAGUGCAACCAGUUGAUCAAGGAGGUGAUCUGGUGACGUGGGUAAAGACAUCAGUUCGUAAUGUUUCUCUGUCUUCUGGAGUUUUUGAUGACAGACUAGACCUUGACGACCAAAGUACUAUUGAUCACAUGACAAUCGUGCUGAAGAUUGCAUUAAUGUGUAUAACUACGUCACCCCUUGAUCGGCCAUCAAUGCGGGAAGUUGUGUUGAUGCUGAUAGAGUCUAAUAGACAGAAGGAGGAGUGUUACGUUUCUUCGGGGGAAUCCGAGACACAUUCUCAGGAUGUUUAGCUCAUGAAGGUAUUAUAUGUAGAUUCACCUUUAACAUCUUGUUUUCCCUUCUUUGUUCUCCAAAAAUUCUUGUAGAAAGAGAAGAAGAAGAAGAAGAAGAGCAUGGUAUUAGCUUCUCUUCCAAUGAAUUGUACAUUAACAUGUUCUUUUCGUUAUACUAAUGGAAUCUGUUUUGUUAUUCCUA